CUAAUGCCGUAUGUACGAUGACUCAUGUUGGAUAAUAACAUCGUUGCACCGUUGCGCGACGUAAGUUGCAUCAUAGUACAUAACGCGGUUCCUGCAAAACCAGCUUUCUACGAUUGAUUCUAUAAAUAAAAUAGGAAAUUAUGUUAAAUAAACCAUUUAAUGAAACCAUGACUGACGAACAAGCGUGGAGACGCUUCUUGUUGCAUCAGAUGCGAGAGAAAUUCAACCAAAAUUAAACUUCGGAUGCAAACGGACGAAGAUUUGUGCAUUGUUAAAUGCAAGAAUCUAAAAGAUUUUUAAAUAAAUUUUAAAUAAAUGCUUUAUCUUGCCGAGAAGUAAAUUAUUAUAGAUAAUAUUAAAUAUAAUCUUCAAAUGUAAGAUGAAUUAUACAAACGUAUGCGACAUGUACGUUUCCUCUCACUGAGAGCUGGCGAAAAGGUGUAUCGGAGAUUUGACGAAAGCUUAAAAGUAUUGCGGAGAGAGACAUAACAGUAUAAUCCAGAAGCGUCUGGAAAGUGGCAGGGAAAGGAGCGCGGUCAUUCGCAACGGCCUUUGCUGCCGAGCAACGUUCGUGUAGAGUCACGUUUUCUAGGCCUUUCUACGUCACGACGAAACGCUGUCAUGUUUGUGCAGCUUCAUAUAAUGUAGCGUAUCUAUAUCGCGAAACGAAGCUACGAUAAGUCGCGAUAAAAACCACUGCGUUGUUCCAUAUAAUCGUUAAAUGCGAGCGUCCGAUAAUUGAAGUAUCACAAUGCUGUUGCGAUGUAUAACUUCAACUUGAGGCGCCCUGAUUGAUGCAGAAAUCCGAAGUUCUCGCAGAAAAUAGCGUGCAGAGAGACGUCCUUAUUUUCCGCACAAUUAUGAAUAUAUAUAUAAAUAAUAAUAAUUAAUAUAAUUAAUAACAUAAUUGCUAAAAUUAUUAGUAUGUACGAUUAAAUACAAAAUAAAAUGACAGUUAAUGGUGUAAUGUAAAAGUAACACAAUUAUGCACGUAAAUAAUAUUAAUUACAUAACAAUUAAAAUAUUAAUUUCAAUUCCGCGAGGCAAUCGUUUUGCGAUUCCAAGAGGCAAGAAAUACGACGAUGUGAAUAAAAGCGGAGUCACGAUCGAUUAUAAUCCUAACGAUGUCAAUAGUCAAUAAUUAUUUCCUUACACGGUACUUCUUAAUGGUACUCGUCGAUUAAAAGAUUUCGCACGUUCUGGAAGGCCGGUCAUUGUCGUCGAGUCAUUAACUGAUGCCACCAUCGUUACAAUGCGAAUUUGAUGACUGUCGGCCACGUCGCUCAAUGAAUCAUUCUUCUUCCCACAUGUAAAAAACUGGAAAAGUAAUCACGCGCCACUCCGGAGACUUAUCAUAGAAACAAACGCGACAGAUGUAUGUACACAUCUACGUCAAUCUGCUAUCAAUCUCGUCAUUUUUAAUUUUAAUUAACUGAAGAAUUAUUUGCGCGUCUCGAUAAUGAAACUAUCAUUACUAUUAAUUCGAUUGGUCUACUCUUCAAUUUAAUUUCUAAAUUGAAAAAAAGAACUUUACGUUGAAUUGCACAAUUUAUAUGUGCGACUCAAUUAUGUAGAGUAUCGUCCAUCCAAUUGGAGAAAAUGAUCAUCUCGCGUUCUCCAGCAAGAAUGAAGAGAAAUGAGGGAAAAUGUCCACUGCGUUGGCUGUCAGUCGAAACGUUAGCAGCAUUUGAUAACAUUUAUUCUAGUAAACGCCUGUUUAAGAUGUGAUCUGUAAUUUUCUAAUGGAGCUGAUAUCCGUCAGCGUACAUGCUCGCCAAUGCAUACAAAAUAUCCACAGUGUUAUAAAUUGAAAUGUGCACUUUCCGCGCAUAGCCGCAGGGUCGGACAUGCACGUCGGUGUAUCUUAAAAGUCUUUUCUUUCAAAUUUGUGGAGUAACGUGAAAUGAAUGGUCUUGCAACACGUACAUCCCUGCGUUUACCUCACAUUGUGCUCGACGGGGUAACAUUUGUCCCGUUUAGUGGAAAUUUUAGCCGUCGUUUAGUCGGUUCGCCAGUAAACUUCUCUCUCCACGUAGUAAACUUCUUCCUCGUCCGAUUCUCCAGCGGCGAAGAAAUGAGAUUACUGUUCUGUUUAAUGUUCUCGGUGCUGCUCAUCUCCAUGAGCUCGACGAACAUGCACUUCAACAUUUCAGGCUUCGUUGACGUGAUACUGAACAUCCGGAAACUCUAUUCCGCAGCGAGUGUCAUAUUCUCCCAUCCCGGGGACGAGUAUGGGGACUAUGGGGAUUUGGAGAUCACGCACCUGGUGCACUCAUGUUCUCGUCUGCUAAGCCAGUACUACAUAGUGACCGUGGAUGUGCACUUCCGAAAGAUGUGGCGGUCGCUUAGAUAUCACCAUCAGAUAGUGCAGCCGGUCACUAUCGUCAUCAUACCGAAUUCCAACGCGUACUUGGAGUUCGUUGAGACCACCAAGACCUACCCCAUGUCUUUCCCCGUGUGGUUCGUGCUGUUUCUCUUCUCACCAGCCAACAAUACCCACGACCAUUGUCACCAGCCCUUGGGUAAUCCCUUCAACUUGGCGUUCGACACGCAGAUGCUGGUGCUGUGUCUCGAUGACGACGUUCUGCGGGAAUGGUACUCGAUCAAGGGCGAAACCGUGAAAAUCUUUGAUCUGGCGAGGUGGUCAGAUGAAAAAGGAUUCGUUCUUUUGACGAACCUGUCCCUCUACGAGCGUAGGAACGACUUGGAGGGAACUGUCCUGCGAACAGUCACGGUCAAGGAUAUACCGCUUUCGUCGAUGUACUCCGGAAAUUACGUGGCUAAUCUAUACGGAAAGGUGCUAGACGAGCUCACGUAUUCUCUCAAUUUCACCCUGGACAUCGUAUCAGAGGUGAACGGGAAUGGCUUGUGGAACCGCCAAAAUAACACUUGGUCAGGAGUGAUGGCUGAGAUCGUGUCAGGUCGCGCGGAUUUCGCCAUCGCCGAUAUGUCGAUGACGAGCCUCAGAAUACGCUACGUCGACUUUACGCUGCCGUUGAUAAUAUCUCGGAACAGCCUGUUUAUCAAGGAGCCGGAUAUGUGCGGCGUCAAGUGGUUCGGUUACUUGCAGGCGUUCAGAUUCCAUACAUGGUUCGGAAUAAGCAUGAUAGUAGUGAUCACGCCGCUUCUGCUGUCUUUCAUGAAAAUAUGUUGCGAAUCUCGCAACAUCGCGGACCUCUUGUCCGAGAAUUUCCUCCACGUCUGGGGCAUCUUCUGCCAGCAGGCACUCAUAGAUUUUCCGAGACCUUCGUCGCUGCGCAUCGCGUACUUUACGAUAUUCUUAACGGCGAUACUAAUAUCGGCCUACUAUUCGGCGGCGCUGGUUUGCUUCCUGACGGCGUGCACUCACGUUCUGCCCUUCCGGACGAUCGACGAGUUCGUCGAGGAUGGAAGCUACAAAUUAAUAGUUCCACGCGGCAGUGCCGACUACGACAUAGUCUCCUCGUCGACGAAAUCCUUUUCGGUGAAGCUGAUGAAGCUGAUGAAGGAGGAAUCGGAGCUGCCGCCGUUUUUAAUCAACGGUUUCGAACAAAUAUGCACUGAGAAAAAACUCGCUUACAUGGUGCUGAACGCAUUGAAGAAAAGCGUGGAAAUGCGGAUCCCGUGCAAGCUGUCCGCUAUCAGCACCGAGAGGAUCGACAAUCUGGGAAUGGUUCUGUCCAAGAACAAUCCGUACACGAGCGUGAUAAAUUAUCAUUUACAGAAAUUCUUGGAUAACGGGAUGAUGAUGCGUCUGAAAAAUACGAGAUUUUUACCGCGUUCGGUGAUCGAAGGCAAGGCGUACGAACCGGUUCGCUUGAUCAGCAUCAUACCAAUUUUGGCAAAUCUCUGCGGAGAUCUGGACACGACGACGCUGAUGCACACAUGGUCGCGAGAGUUCUCACGGCGGCGAGUCAUGACCAUGACCGUAACUUUCGCGGACCUGGUGAGCGGGUACAAUAAGUAUCGGGAUACCAUUGUGCGACCGUUGUUUGUCGUUCUUCUCGAUACCAGUGAGGCCAUGAGCGAAUUCGCCAAGGCCACGAGGAACAUAAAGCCCAUGUCGUUCCCCGCCUGGCUGGUCGUGUUUCUUCAGCGUCCCGGGAACCCGUUGGAGAAGUACUGCCGACAUCCGGCCGGAAACGUGUUCAACGUGGACUUCAGCACCCUCAUGCUGGUCAAGUGCUACGAUCAGCCGAUCCUGAUGGAGUGGUAUGGCGUUCACGACAAUCACACCGGGACCUUCAAGCUGGCCACGUGGUCUCCUAGCAAAGGUCUACUUUUGAGGACGCGGAAGAGCCUGGUCGCCCGACGAUGCGACAUGUUCGGCGAGAAGUUUCGCGUAGCAUCAGUCAGACAUAUGAAGGAUCCUGUGUAUCUGAAAAUGAACAAGUUAUUGGAAGAGAAAUACUUGCCGGUGGUACUGUCGGAAGGAUUCAAACAAAUCUGCGAGCGGAAGAAUUUGGGAUAUCUAGUGUCGGAGGCGUCCAAAAACGCUGUAGCUCUGCCGUGCAAAGUUAUGCAUAUCGAUACUGGAAGAAUCGAUAGUUUAGCGAUGGUGUUGCCGAAGGACAGUCCUUAUACCAUCUUUAUGAAUUAUCAUUUACAGCGAUUUAAGGAUAACGGUGUCAUCAACAAAUUAAGGAGCACUUAUUGGUCAAUGACUAAUCGACAGGAGACAACUUACAACGCGGUUGAUUUGGAGGAUGUUGUUCUGACUCUGAUUGUGGUAACGGGCGGUAUGAUUCUGGCCAUAUUUAUCUGCAUAAUUGAAAAAGCGUAUUACACUUUUAACUCUUCGUUAAAAAGCAAUAAUUUAAAAAAGCGUGUUAAAAAAUCGGGGAAUAAUUUGCAUAUGUCAAAAUUGCAUAGAAAAUUUCAGAAGAAGCGCAGAAACACGAAGCUCCAAGAAUAUUGAUCAUAUAUGAUAUUGUUGGAAAAUGAUAGAAUAUUAGUAUAUAUGUUAUUGUGUGUAUAUAUAAAUAUAAUAAAAUUUAAAUUUAAUAAAAUACUAGUCACGGUUGAUUAAGUUGUAUAUACCUAAAUUUGAAUCAAGAUUAAUAAUCAUUGAAUUAUUUUAGAAGAAAAGAGAUUUAAGAGAGAAGCAAGAUACGACGCGGAUUAUUAUUAUAUAUUGUGCAACAAUAUAAUUUACGUAUAUAUAAGUUGUUGUC